UACAAGAAAAAAGGAAAAGUUUACUCCAAGUUUAUACUGCUGCAUUUUUUCCCCGUAUAGAAAACGGCGUCAAAUUUGCGAAAACCGAGGUUAAACUGUUGCCCAGUACAGUGUUCAAAGUGCAGUAGCUGCAGAUUAAGAUACAUCCGCGAAAGAAAAGGUGAAAGCAAUCGCAGAUUCUGACGAUUGUGUUGGACUACUGCGUUGCAAGUGGUAGAGCCAGCCGAAAAGUUGGUCGGAGUGAAAAAGACCUCCCCGCCCCCCCGCGAAGAACCGGAAUCGCAGGCGGAUCUCGUCGGAAUCGUUAGUGGACGGGAAACGGGUUCUCUGAUUUGCGAGUGUCGCAGAGUAGCUGAAUCCAGCGGAAGGCAAUUUGAACUCUCGGACUUGGACGCAUCUAUGGCUGCGAAAGGCCUACCGUUGGCCGAAAUUGAGAAUCGUUAAUUGAAAUUCACAACAAUCUAAAACGACGAGAACUGUCGCCGAACAGGAAAUUAAAUCACAAACCCUCGAAGGAAUAUGGCAAAAGAAUAUGAUUACUUGUUGAAGGUGCUUCUGGUAGGCGAUAGCGACGUUGGCAAGCAGGAAAUUCUGUCCGGAUUGGACGACGGCUCGUCGGAGAGCCCAUUCUGCAGCGGAAGCACUGCAUACAAAACCACCACAAUCCUGCUGGACGGCAAACGAGUCAAGCUGCAGGUUUGGGACACGUCCGGUCAGGGUCGCUUCUGCACCAUCAUCCGAUCGUAUUCCCGUGGAGCUCAGGGCAUCAUCCUAGUGUACGACAUCACCAACAAAUGGAGCUUCGAUGGGCUGAGCCGGUGGCUCAAGGAAGUCGAAGAGCACGCUCCGGGCGUUCCGAAGGUGUUGGUCGGUAAUCGAUUACACCUGGCCUUCAAACGACAGGUCGCUGCCAAGCAGGCGGAACUGUAUGCUUCCCGGAACAAGAUGGCCUGUUUCGAGAUUUCCCCACUGUGUGAUUUCAACAUCCGGGAAUCGUUCUGCGAGCUCGCUCGGAUGGCCUUGCAUCGGAACGGUAUGGAACGGAUCUGGCGCUCGAACAAGGUCCUCUCGCUGCAGGAACUCUGCUGUCGAACGAUCGUCCGGCGGACCAGCGUCUAUGCCAUAGAUUCACUCCCGCUGCCGCCGUCGGUUAAGUCCUACCUGAAGUCGUACGCCCUCACCUCGUCCCAGUGUCUGAACACGUUCCUGCAUCACAACACGGCACCCACCUCCAAUGCGAAGAACUUCAAGUGCAAAACACCCACCGGCCACCUGAAGCUGCACCGAAGUGGCAUCGGCAUCGGGGGCGGCAGUAUGCGAAACAGCUGCGUGAUAUCCUGAUUGACGUCGAUCGUGGCGUCGCUGCGGCGCAUCUUCAUCAGACGCCGGCGCCGGUCAAGGAAUGGUGGUGGUGCCAGCGGGUGUGGUAGUAGUCGAAGGAGUAGUCAUCACAGCACAUCGGCCGGCAUCAUUGGGAACACUACGGCCACCAUCACCGGGCGGCGGAUGUCCAAUGGCUAUGGCAGCGGCGGCGAGCAGAGUAGUUGUUGUUUUUAGACGAAGAGUUAGUAAGUACUGAACUGUUUUUUUUGUCUGUUUUUUAUUAGGCAUAGGUCAAUGGGAAUAAGUGGGACGGAGAGAGUCACUUCUACUCAGUUGUAUGGAGAAAUUAAAAAAAAAACUGCGGCGCUGAGUUACUGCAGUUUUUAGAAAUUUCUCCAUACAACUGAGUGGAAGUGACUCUCUUUCGCUCUGAGUUAUUCUCAUGGGCCGUGUGUGUCUUCAUCGGCCUGUUUGUGUCGGUGGCGACCAAUGCUUCAUUUAUGAUAUUAUUGUUCCAGUUUUCCUUGCUAAUUAUUGUUUUUUUUUUCGCUUAAGACUCCUAAUACUUAAUCAAAGUGACGGUUUUAAAAGUUAUGCUUAGUUUUAUUUUCGUUGUUAGCUUUGGAACUCCGUUGACAAAGAUGAAGCUUUAGGGCAGUACAAUGUUCACACCAAGAACAAAAUCCCCAACACGAACAAUACGAAAGGUCUAGCGAUCGAUUCUCUUCGUAGAUUUUCUCUUUGAAUCUUUGCAGAUUCAGUUCGGUGAUAGAAGCUAUUAUCUAGCUGUCGUCUAAUACGACAAACGCAGAAUUCAGGAAACGUUUUUUAUAGUCGAGUAAUUAAUGGAAGAUAUCAGAUUACAUUGGGCCUUUUGCAUUGUUCGGCUUGGAUGCUUCUGGGCACCUCCUGAUAAACCCUUGGAAAGCUCCAUAUCCCACAAUGUAGGCAUUUAAACCUUCUGAAGAAGGCCAACGAGCUUUCGUUGGACUCAUCUGAACUUAAUUUAAAACUUAGGCAAAAGUCUCCAUACAAUUUUAGAGUGAAUCCUUCUAAAGAGUUCUAAA